GAGUAGAGAGUAGAGUGGUACAUGCAGGCAACGGCUCGCUUUAUUGACGCCCGAGAGAAACAAGAGAUGGAACUCAUCCUGCGGUCUAGAAGCGCAGCUGAGACUUGCUUGCCAAUACCUUGCUUGUGAAGAGUUCAGCUUUGUUCUGCGGCGGUUCAAGGUGGCUAACGAUGGGCUGUCAUUAACAAAGUCAAGGGCUGAGAAGUCAUCAAUCACCAUUCUAAUGCUUACGCUCCUGUGAAGGAUCCACCUUGAUGCUGUCUCCGAUCUCAAAUAAGAUCGGAGUGAGGCCCACCAGAGAAGGGAGAGGAGGCUUACCGAAGCGGGACUGGUCCGUGAACGCAGACAUUUUUAACGCAUAGUUACAAUUUUAGCGUUCUGGUUUCCGAACAAGGGCGGCGAUCGAGGCGAAUAGCAACGACCGAGCGGAACUCCUUUCGCCGCCACCGAAUCCAGUCUGCUCUGAUGGCCACCGUCCCUGGCCCACUCAUUUGGGAGAUUGUGAAGAAGAACAAUGCGUUCCUUGUGAAGCAAUUCGGUAACGAUACUGCCAUGGUGCAAUUUAGCAAGGAGCCAAACAAUCUCUAUAAUGUCAAUUCCUACAAGCACUCCGGGUUGGCAAACAAGAAGACAGUGACCAUUCAGGCUGGAGGGAAGGACCUGUCUGUAGCAAUUGCGACAACUAAGACAAAGAAGCAGAACAAGCCUGGUAGCUUAUAUCACAGAUCAGUCAUGAAGAAGGAGUUCCGUAAGUUGGCAAAAGUUGUUAUGAACCAGGUCACUGACAACCACUACAGGCCAGAUCUGACCAACUCAGCUCUAGCGCGGCUGAGUGCGGUACAUCGAAGCCUUAAGGUUGCCAAGUCUGGCGCAAAGAAGAGGAACAGGCAGGCUCUUAAAGUGAGAAACUAAAUCAAUGCUUGUGUCCAUGGACGGUCUUAUUUAGUUGUCCUUUAUUUGGUUUUUGGUUCACUAAGUUUUAGUGGAAGAAUUGCUGUCACCCGGAAUUUUGAUGACUGGUUUUCUAUUGUUGAUUUCAUUGCAAGAGUUUUCAUAAUCUAUUUUUAUUUGAGAUGACCUUUAA